CCGCGUCUCACGCACGCAGCGGUUGGUGCUGCAAUUCUGCUCGAACUGCUGGCUCUGGACAGUCACCACUCAUACCAACCAGCGCUGGUCAAGUUCCUGCAGAGAGACCGCCGCAAGGCAAACAGGCAGCAGUUUGCUAAAAAAUAAAUAAAUAAAACCGCGGCGCGGCGGCCAUGGCCGAAGCCGAGAUCAGCGACUACGCCGCCGAGGCCGAAACGCUCGCGGAACGCGUCGACUGGGCCCGCGGCUCGGAACUGACCGCCGCGCUCGAGGAGCUCGAGGCCGUGAGCGCGGCCGCGCCGGCCGAGGCGGGCCCCCACGCCACCUCCGCUUUGGUGCGCUUGCUGGCGAAGAACGACUGCGGCCCCGAGGCUGCUCAAAGAGCAGUGGAGACCCUCUCCCGCCUGGCAGACAGCACAAAGCAUGGCGCCGCCGCGACGAAGAACGGCGCCCUCUUCCUGAGCGACCCGAAGAACGUCGUCGUCAUCCUCGACGUGCUCGAGGAGGAGCAGCAGGAGACGUACACGAUUGUGGUCGCGCUAGAAUUAGUUGCGAGCUUACACAGAGACCAUGCCGAAAGGUUACGAAGAGCUUUACUAGAUACGCCGGCCGGAGCGGCUAGAUUAUUGGACAGAAUAAGCGACCAUAGGGACGCCGUGCGCAACGCCGCCGUCCAGCUCUGGGAGAGGCUCACGCGACCCGAAAGUGUGGAAUCGAGAAGUAGUGACGACCUGCGCCUGAACUGCGCCUUCGCGGACGUCUUCGCGAAGUGCUACGCCUGUUUGGAGGAUGAAGGUGAUUCCGCGGCGGCUCGGGCGUGCGUCCAUCUGGUCGCGAACGUUUUGAACGGGCCGCCAACGAUAGUAGCGCUGUUCGACGACCACGGCUUGGCCUGGCUCGUCCCGUUGUUGGAGGUGCCGCCGUUGGAUGUGGCGGCCACGGGUGACGAGGAGGUCAUCGGCUCGCCGUCGACGCCUCGCAAACAGGUGGACACAGAGGCCUGUCGCGACGCGCGUCGCCUCGCGUCCGCGGCGUUGGCGGUGUUGAGAAGGUACCUAAAACGGUGCGACGAUGAUUCGCGACGAAGAGCCUGGGCCUUCGAGGACCUGCGGUUAUCUGUGUUAACCCUUGCUCUGACGGAUGACGAAGGGCGAGUGGUCGACUUGGAUGCUCCCCAGCUCUACCCCGCCGGUCUCGUGAAAGAUCCAUCAUCGGAACUAUGGUGGUCCACACUCACGGAUGAGUCGGCCAAGGCUCCCUCGCGAGACGACGUCCGCGCCGCGGCGUUGGAAGUCGUACAACUCAACGUAAGGGACGAUCCGCAGCUAUGUCUCAGUUUCUGCGACGCAAAAGCGCCCACUGAUGGUCUCAGCCCACCGGCCUUUGGCGUCGCCCUGGGCAUGGCUUUUAAACCAAGAACCUUCGGGCCGGCGUCCAUAGCAGCCUCAUCUUUGGCAGAAACGAUCUGGGCCGACGAGUCCGCGGCCAUCGCCGCAGUGAUGUUCGCCGUCGCGCCGCCGCCCGACGCCGAGGGCGAGAGCGCCGUGUCGUUGCUGUUAAGCGAGCUGGACAAUGCCUCGGCUUUGAGCUUGUUGCGCUCAUUAUUGGCUCGGUCCGACGCCGUCCGCGACUUGGCCCUACGGUUGGAAGGCGGGCAGUUAUUCUCAAAAUUACUGGAGAAGGCCUUGACGAACGAGGACGCGUUGGCGCUGAUCUGCCGCUGGCUCGACGCGUGCUCGCAGGCUUGCAGGGCUAUGGUCAGAGACCCGGAGCUCCUAUCAAGACUGUGUGAGGUAGAAGGGUCGAGACUGCGGGGCUUGAGCUGCCUCGCCUUGGGGUUGUGUGCGACGCACUUCGGCGACGAGGCGGGUGGCUGGUCUUCUCGUAAAGUGGCUGAUUUUGUGGCCUCUACUGUUGGCUACGGUCCCUUCGCGUACCUAUACCAGCGUUGUUCAUUUGAGCGAGGCCGGUGACGAGACAUAUCCAUGAAUUCCUUCGCCGAAACUAUCCAACGAUGUGGACACACACCUAAACAGUCGUCCGAGGCCCGUUGUCUCCACACAUCCAGUAGGAAUCCGUUGUUACGUCGCUGAUCAUCCUACACACACAGGCGCGCCUUAGAUGCUCUACAAGAAGACGCCUCGACGUCCCACCGGCGACGACGGGACAAGGGUGUGGCCGAGGACGUCUUCGAGAGUGACUCCGACCUCGCGGAGUGGGUCCGACGAGCGUGCGACGCGGCGCGAGGCGUCGUCACGGCCGGCUUGGUCGGUUCAGGUGACGCUGCUAGAGACGAAGCUCUCAAACAACUCCAGGAGGAGGUCCGGCAGCUCCGUUCCCGAGAACCGGCGGUGGUUCUGGACGACGGCGCCGCGGCGAGGGAAAUCGCACAGCUCAAGGCCGAGGUCGCUUCCCUAAGACAGCCUUUGGUCGAGGUCGGCGCCGAACUUUUAGGAAAGUACGCGGGCGACGGCAACUGGUACGACGUCAUCGUCGAGGCUGUUUCAACAGAUAGUGCGCGCGUCCGCUUCCGCGACUACGGCAACUCCGAGGACGUGGCGUUGUCGGAUCUGCGAGCCAAAGGUGAUGAUCGAGACGCGAUUAUCGCCCAACUGCGCGCGGACCUCGCGGCGCAGCCACGGAGCUCGGAAGACGCGCUCCGCGACACCGAGUUGGCUUCACUUCGGGCCGAGCUCGCUUCGUAUAAAGACGCGGAGCAGCGCGCGUCGUUGCUCGAGGAGACCGUCGCGUCGCAAGCCGAGGAGAUCCGUCGGUUGAGCGAGGCUUCCCAACCGGCCGACGCGUCUGCCGCGCUGCUCGAGGAGACCGUCGCCAGUCAGGCGGAGGAGAUCCGCCGCCUCACUGAGGCCGCCGCGGCGCCACAGGCCGCCGCGGCGCCGCCGGCCGACGCGUCCGCGGUCUUCGGCGCGGCGCCGGCCGACGCCGCCGGUUUGUUCGGAGCGCCGCCUCCAGCCGACGACGGCGUCGUCGAUGAAUUAAAAAAGCGUAUCGCGGAGCUCGAGGCCAGCGACGCGUCCGAGGCCCUCGCGGCGCGCGUCGCGGAAGCAGCACAAUUACAGCGACGUGUCAAGGCCCUGGAAGAAGAGAACAGCGCCACAUCUAGCGCAUUGGAGGAGGCCAACGAACGCCUCCAGACGGAGCGCGCCGCGCGCAAGGCCAACGAGGCGACUCUACUGUCAGAAACGCAGCAACCAAUGGUAGACAAGUCGCGAAGGGUCCGCCGGAAGCUCCGGAAGCAGACGUCGAACUUUUCGAGGACGAUGAAUGAAUUAUUUGAUAUUAGUGAUUCUAUACUAGGUGAGCUCCAAGCUCAUGAGGAGGACGACAGUGGCGACGAGGACGAGCGCGUGCUCGAGUCAUUGAGGGAGAAGCUGCCGCAGGCGGUGGAUGCCGUCGUCGCUCGCAAAGUACAAGAAGUGCGCGCACCGCUCGAGGCCCAGCGCGACGAAGCUAAAAAAGAAUGCGACUCGGCUGUUGAUGAUUUGGCGGACCUCGAGGAAAGGUUAUUUGGGGCCGAGAAGCGUCUGCAGGAGGCCGAGGCUUCUGCAGCGCAGCGGCAAGCGGCUGACAACGCCGACGAGGACGUCGUGCAGGCUCUGGUGCAGGAACGCGAUUUGUUGAAAGAUCGAGUGAGGGAGUUAGACAGUGAACCGGCGAAGUGGGAGGAGCGCCUCGCUUCUCUAGAAGAGCGGUUGCGCGACGCUUCCGCGGAGCGCGACACGCUCCGGGAGGAGGUCGCGAACGCCUCGACGGAGCGCGACGCGCUCCGAGACGGGCUGCGCCGCGUCGCCGCGGAGGCGGACGCGGGCAAAGGCUACGAGGCCCAGCUGGAGGCCCUUCGAUUGAAACAUGAAGCGGAUAAAGCGGAAGCGGUCAAGGAGCGGGAGGCAUCCAGAGCUGCUUAUUUCGUCGAGCUUGAACAGGCUUCGAAAAAAGUCGCGGCGCUGGAACAGGCUCUCGCGGACGCGAAGGAGCGGGAGGCGUCGCUGGACGAGGCCGUGGGCACUAGUGUAGACGCCGAGAUCCUGAGGGCCGAGAACGCGCGGCUGACGGAGGCGCUGGCGGCGCGGGCGGGCGGCGACGCGGACGGCGACGCGCUCCGCGCUCGCUGUGCGGAGCUCGAGGCGUUGGUCCGGAGCGCGGGCGACGAGGCGCGCGCCGAGGCGGUGGCGCUGCGGCGCGAGCGCGACGACGCCUUACAACGGCUUGCGGCUGGCGACGCCGACGCGGGCCGGCAGCUCGCCGAGGCUGUGUCCGCGCGCGACGACGCGCUCCAAAAGCUCGCGGCCAACGAUGCGGACGCCGGUGCGCGGCUCGCCGAGGCGACGCAGGCGCGCGACGAGGCUGUAGCUGCCGCGGCCUUCGCGAAGACUAGUGCCGAGAGGCAGCUCCAGGAGCUCGCCGCGGCCUCCGAGCAACGCGAAGCUUUGUCACAACAAUGCGAGGCGGACCGCGCGGCCCUGAAUGAAGCCAUACGAGCGAGGGACCAGGCGGUGAGUGACGUCAAGUCCAUCCUCGAGGAGUUCGAAGGGUUGAGACGCGAGGCGGCGGCCGUGGCGGCCGAGCGCGACGCCCUGAAGAACGACGCCGCCGAGGCGCGGACGACGUGCGCUUCACUAGCCGGCGAGCGCGAUGCGCUGAAGAAUGACGCCGCCGACGCCCAGAGACUGAGAACGCAGUGCGCAUCACUAGAGGAGGCCCAGCGCGCCUCGACUCAAAAACUCGAGGACGAGCGCCGUCGAGCCGCUUCGUUAGAAAGAGAACUAGACCGCACGGAGACGGAGUCGCGCACCACGUUGGACGCUCUUGAGAGAAGAGUGCAGAAAGUGGAUAGGCAGGCGGUCAUCGCCGAAGAAAGGUCCGCGCUUGAGGUCGAGACGCUGCGCAAGGACGUGUCGCGCCUGAAGAGGGCCAAGGCCAAGUCCGAUGAAAAGUGCGCGAAGCUCGAGAACGCCUCGUCGCAGCGCGAGGGUCUGAUGAAGAAGGCGACGAAGGAGGCGUCGCAGUUAUCUUCAAGGUUACAGACCGUCGAGGCGCAGAUCGAGGAGCGGUCUCGUGUGAUCGAGCAGCUCCGGGCUGCUGCGUCCCAGUGGGAGCGACGGGCGCUGGACGCCGAGGCGUCGUCGGCGCAUGAGGAAAGGGAGCUCGAGCAGGAAGCUUUGGAAGCUCUGAGGAGUACCGCGAAUGAAGAUGCCGCGGCUCGCCUCGAGGCGGAGAGCGAGCGCGACGCGCUGCGGGAGGAGCUCGCUUCCAUACGACAAGCGCAUGAGAGCGCCUUGCAGGAUUUGCGGUCCGCGUGCGAGCGAGACGUGACCGAGGCGGAAAGUGCGCGGCGGUCGCUCGCGGACGAUAUCCAGGCCGUCGAGGCGCGGGUCGCCGAGGCCGACCGGCGCUGCGUCGGCGCCGAGGAGGCGGCCGCGGCGCUGUCGAGGGACAUCGACGAGGAGCGCGCGCGCGCGGUCGCCGCCGACGCGCUCGUGGCCGAGCGCGACGCGGCGCUUGCGGCUUUGCGCGACGAGGUCGCCGCGUUGCAAAGCAAUAGCAGUGACGACAUCGCCGUCGGCGCCGAGCUCUCCGGCAAGUUUUCUGGGGACGGCCAGUACUACGAUGUGGUUGUCGAAGAGGUGACGGACAGCGGCUACAAGGUCUUGUUUACGGAGUAUGGUAAUAGUGAAGAACUACCCCGUGAAGAUCUCAAGCAACGCGACACCAGCAAGGCCAUGAAAGAACUAGAAAUACGCUGUUCAGAGGCCGAGGCGCGAGCCGAUCGCGCGGAGGCGGCUCUGCUGGAAAAUUUCGACGACAGUGAGUCGGAUGCGGGCGACACGCUCCAGGAGUGGCGGGAACGGUGUCUGCGGGCGGAGGACGCUUAUGCCGCGAUGCAGAAGGACGGCAUGCGAGAUAAGUUGGAAGCUCAAGAGCGGAUCACCGCGGAACUUCACGCGAAACUCGCUGAUGCGGACCAACGAUAUAAAGCGGAGUUAUCGAUGAGAGAAGAAGCCGAAGCUGUGGUGGAGGAGCUGCAGACGCGGCCGCGGACGGGAACGGCGCUUGACGAGUUAGCUGCCGAUCUGGACGAGGCGCAGGAGACCCUCGCUGAGGAAUCUGAACGACGGCAAGCGGCGGAAGCGGCGUUGGCCGCGAAAGGGGGCUGGUCCGCGGACCUCGAUCGCAUUCGCGACGCCGAGGCCCGAGCAGAAGCGUUGGGGCGGGAGUUGGAAGAUGCGCGAUUGAAGGCCGCGGCUCUCCAAGCUGAAUUAGAUGCGCCGUCGGAGCUCGACGCGCUCGCGGGCGAGUUGCGGGCCGAGGCGGCCGUCGCCACUCAUUUAGCUGACCUCCACCCCGAAGUACCACCACAAUCGCUGGAGAAGUUCGACGAGGAGUGGCGCCAGUUGGAAGAUGAACAUAACGAUCUCUUGGCGUUGUUGGCGCAGCAGGAACUGGAAAAAACGGCCAUGGCGGAAUUGCUGUCGUCGCGCAUCGGUCCCGAAGCCGUGGUCGAAGUGAAGGAGAAGGCGCGCGUCGACUGCGAAGCUCGAUAUGGGUCGUACGUGGACUACGCGCAGGACGACGUCAACGCUUUGCAGCGGGCCGAGGAGGAGCUCGAGGGGUUCGUCGCGUCCGCCUCGGAAGAAGUGGCGCCGGUAAUGUGAUGGAGUAUCUUUCUUUUUGCUUCCCUUCCCCCGUGUUCCCGGUCGAACCGCGGGGAAGGGGUGCGGCUGCGUCGUGG